ACAAUGACGUAGUUUCCGUUUCCACCAAUCUUUCCUUUUCCGGUCCUCGAGGAGUCCGCGGCGGCCGGGUCUGCGGCGGCCGGGUCUGCGGCUUCGCCCCGGGUGUGGGAGGCGACGGAGUCCUGGCGAUGUUUGAGCAGGUGAGAGCAAACGUGGGCAAGACGCUCAAGGGUAUCGACAGGUAUAAUCCUGAGAAUCUGGCCACCCUGGAGCGCUAUGUGGAGACACAGGCCAAGGAGAAUGCCUAUGACCUGGAAGCCAACCUGGCUGUCCUAAAGCUGUCUUUCCCCAGCAACUACUGGGACAAGUUCGUCAAGCGGAAGGUCCUGGACAAGCACGGGGACAUCUGUGGGCGGGAGCGGAUCGCCGAGCUGCUGGGCAUGGAUCUGUCCAUGCUGGAGAUCACAGCGCACAGUGAACGCAAGCCUGAGCCACCGCCGGGGCUGCUUACCUGGCUCAUGUCCAUCGGCGUCAAGUACCAGAUCUGGAAGUUCGGGGUCAUCUUCACCGACAAUUCUUUCCUGAACCUGGGCUGGUACAUGGUGAUGUCCCUCCUGGGGCACUACAACAACUUCUUUUUCGCUGCUCACCUCCUGGACAUUGCCAUGGGGGUCAAGACACUGCGCACCAUCCUCUCCUCCGUCACCCACGAUGGGAAACAGCUGGUGAUGACCGUGGGCCUCCUGGCGGUGGUGCUCUACCUGUACACCGUGGUGGCCUUCGACUUCUUCCGCAAGCUCUACAACAAGAGCGAGGACGAGGACGAGCCUGACAUGAAGUGUGACGACAUGAUGACGUGUUACCUGUUUCACAUGUACGUGGGUGUCCGAGCAGGUGGGGGCAUUGGGGACGAGAUUGAGGACCCAGCAGGUGAUGAAUAUGAGCUGUACCGGGUGGUCUUCGAAAUCACCUUCUUCUUCUUUGUCAUCGUCAUCCUGCUGGCCAUCAUCCAGGGUCUGAUCACUGACGCUCUUGGUGAGCUCCGAGACCAACAACAGCAAGUGAGGGACGAUAUGGAGACCAAGUGCUUCAUCUGCGGCAUCAACAUCGGCAGCGAUGACUUUGAUACGACAUUGCAUGGUUUCGAGACCCACACGCUAGAGGAGCACAACCUGGCCAAUUACAUGUUUUUCCUGAAGUGUCUGAUAAACAAGGAUGAGACAGAACACACGGGUCAGGAGUCUUAUGUCUGGAAGAUGUACCAAGAGAGAUGUUGGGAUGUCUCCCCUGCUGGUGAUUGUUCCCGCAAGCAGUAUGAGGACCAGCUUAGCUGAGACAACCACAGCUGGCCCUUCACUCACACUUCAAAUGCCUUAUGCUUAGAGCAAGCCCCUUAGUCCCCAAAUCCCUCCUCCCAAGGCUGCUGGGGGAGAGGUGACCAUGUGCUGUAGAAAUAAAGUCUGUGCUAUAUCCCUGA